CAUACCGCAAUCUGCUGUUCAUGACCGGGACACCCAUCAACAACAACCUACAUGAGUUAUGGGCGUUGUUAAAUCUAUUGCUACCGGACUUUUUCCGCAAUUCCGAAGACUUUGAUGAGUGGUUCAAGGUAGAAGAUUGCAUCGACCCAGACCACGAACGAGCAGUAAGAUUGAAGAAAAUUCUGCAACCAAUCAUGUUGCACCGCAUUAAGUCCGAUGUCGAAUAUACUAUUCCACCGAAAAUUAAAACGACUAUGUACAUUCCCCCGACGCGAGAGAUGAAUUAUUGGUCCAAGAAAGUGCUCUGUAAGGAUAUCAAAGUGCCGAAAGGGGACGGAACGGCUGGUAACUUCAUAAUGAGGAUUGUAUUUCCAUAUCUGCGUGAAGUAACUCUGCAUCCGUAUUUGAUACCAGGAGCUGAAUCGACAUUAUCUGAUCUAGUCGGGCAAGACAUAGUUGACGUUUCGUCUCGAAUGGUUGUUCUGGACAAACUGCUUACGAAACUUAGCAAACGUGGUGCUCGUGUCCUACUGUUUUCGCAGAUGGUCAUAAUGCUAGAUAUUCUGCAAGAUUACUUAGAGUGGAAGGGCUACAAGUUCCAUCGAAUGACGGGAAACACUGAACAGAGAUUCAGACAGGAGAUGAUCGAUGAGUUCAAUUCCCCUGAUUCAGACACGUUUAUUUUCUUGACUACCACCAGAACGGGUGGGGUCGGGAUCAACUUGCACACGGCCGACACGGUAAUUUUCUAUGACAUCGAUUGGAACCCUCAGGCGGACUUCCAGGCCGAAGACCGUGCCCAUCGCAUCAGGCAAUUGAAACAGGUACAUGUGAUACGGUUCACCGUGUCCGGAACAGUCGACGAAUACCUUCACGAUUGUUCCAAUCGGAAGCAAGUCCUGGAUAAAGCAAUCAUUCGGAAAAGCCUUGGCGAUUGUGUCGAGUUCCAAGCAAUCGAACACCACAAAAGGAAGCUCGAAAGCGUCAACUGCCUUGACGUGGCGGCCGUCGAUGAGCAGCUGAAUGAAAUGUUUAAGGAGAUCGAUCGCGGUGAAAGGAAUGCCAAGAACGACACUCUGCUGAAACAAAUUCGUUUCCGAUCAAAGAAUUCGCGGUCACGAUCGGAGGAGCGCGAGCUGGAAAGUAUUAAACCUCCGGUAGAGUCGGUGCCGGAGUUCGAUCUGGAUUCCACUACAUAUCGUUUGCGUCCGCGCAAGCCGAAGAUAGCCCGGCUGGAAUAGAUGUUUUAAUCUGUAUCGUUCAAUUUGCAUUUGACCACGCUACUCAGUUACCUACUUGCUUGUUAGUUUGUUUCUGUUUUGUUCAUUCUAGUUAGUUACCACUGCGAGACGCUUGUCAAUGAUAUUAUUUUCUGUUCUAUGCACUUCGAAUAAACUGACAUAACGAAUUGGAAUGUACGAACAAGGUAAAAUCAUAAUCAAUGGAAAAUAAACGUAAUUUUUCUACUUCUACUACGCGUGACGCUUA